GGCUGUUUGUUGGCCUUGACAAGCCAAUCUUUCCCGGCGCCAUGUCCUUCUACACUUGUGGCCCCAACGAGGCGCUCGUCCUCUCUGGCUGCUGCCUCUCCAAGCCCAGGCUGGUGCCCGGUGGCCGCGUUUUCAAGCUGCCUUGGAUCCAAAAGCUGCAGCGCAUAAGCCUGAACAUCAUGACGCUGAGCAUCGAGUCUCCCCGCAUCUACACGAAGCAGGGCGUGCCGAUUUCCGUCACCGGCAUUGCACAGGUCAAAAUCGAGAGUCAGGAUUCAACGGCCCUGCAUCGGGCUUGUCAACAAUUUCUUGGUCUAUCCGAAACGGAGAUCAAGCAUGUUAUUCUUGAAACCCUGGAGGGUCAUCAGCGCGCCAUCAUGGGCACUAUGACUGUGGAGGAGAUUUACCAGGAUCGCCAAAAGUUUAGCGAAGCCGUUUUUGAGGUGUCUUCCCGCGAUCUCGUCAACAUGGGUGUCACCGUCGUGUCUUUCACCCUUCAGUCUAUCAGUGAUGAAGUGGGCUACCUCAAGGCCCUGGGUGAGAAGCGUACGGCCGAGGUGCAGCGUGAUGCUCGCAUCGGAGAGGCUGAGGCUGCCCGGGACUCGGGUAUCAAGGCCGCCAUGGCCCAACAAGCGGAGCGUGCCGUGCACUUUCAGAACCAGAUUGAGGUGGCCAAAUCCAAGCGUGAUUUCAUGUUGAAGAAAGCUGAGUUUGAUCGUGAGGUCGAGACCCAAAAGGCCGUGGCUGCCCUCGCCACGGACCUUCAGACGGCCAAGACCCAGCAGAAGAUCCGAAAUGAAGAAGUCGGUGUUCGUUUGAUCGAGCGUCAAAAGCAGAUUCAGGUCAUGGAGCAAGAAAUUGUGCGCCGCGAGCGUGAGCUCGAGGCACAGGUCAAACAGCCAGCCAAGGCCGAGAAGUAUCGUCUCGAGACGUUGGCUGAGGCCGAGAAGAAUCGGUUGAUUCUCGAGGCUGAGGCCGAUGCGGAGGCAGUGCGUGCUCGCGGUGAGGCCGAGGCCUUUGCCAUUAAUGCCAAGGCGCAGGCUGAUGCCGAGGCGAUGCAGAAGAAGGCGCAGGCUUGGGAGCAAUACAAGGACGCGGCCAUUGUGGACAUGGUGCUGUCCACGCUACCUCGUGUGGCAGCUGAGAUUGCCGCGCCGCUCAACAACGUGGACAAGAUCACCCUGGUUGCUGGCCCCAACGGCGAGAUUGGUGCUUCCAAGCUGACGGGCGAAGUGCUGAACAUCAUGAACACGCUCCCUGAGAUGGUCAAGAACCUGACUGGCGUCGACCUCGCGCAGGUCGUGCGCUCCACCCGUGUUUAGAUGUUGAAAUACCUUUUUCCGUUUUUUUUUUUUCCUUUCUUUUGUUUUUCUUUCUCUUCGUCUGUUCUUCCGCCCCUCCUUUGUUGUCUGCCUGCUUGGCGACCCGUAUUUCUUUCAUCCCUUCAUGCCUGUGUCUUUGCUGCGGUACCCUUGUUGUGUCUGCUGCACCGGCACCCCCUGGUUCUCGACCAGCCCGGCUGUUGAUGUUGUUUUGUGUAUAUGCUACUGCCGACGUGGAGUGAGUGGAUGCUGACAUCCUUUGUUAUUCGGGCAUUUUUGGUACCAGAGGCGCCUGGCUAUCUCGCUGAUAACUCGUGUGCUUUUCCCGUUUGCUCUUGUGCUUGUGAUUUAAACCAAUCCAUAUGCUCCCUUC